CCAAACAUGCACAUCAGUAUCCGCAGGGGUUUGGAAUCCCAACUCCCCACUCAAACGGAAGUAUCCAACACUGACCCAACGGACGGCCAUUAGUCCAUCACCAACGCAACAACCACACCCUAUCGGACGGUCGAGAUGGAUCGGCGAGAAUUAUAUAAACAAAGAUUCCACUACCUCACUCCCCACUCUCUCUCUCUCUCUCUCUCUCUCUCUCUCUCUCUCUCUCCGUGUCGUUCCGUAACGGAACGGAGCCGCGUUUCGGGACGCCCCCGAUCCGAUACGAUACGAUACCAUGGCCCGUUUCACUUCCUCCGCCGCGAUUCUCCUCCUGCUUCUGCUGCUCCCGACGCAGCUCCUCCUCACCGUCGUUUCGCGCCGCGAUCCCGCCCUAAGGCUCCCCUCGGAGCGGGAGAUCAACGGUGAUGACGACACCGUCGGGACGAGAUGGGCGGUCCUGAUCGCCGGAUCCUCCGGAUACGUAAACUAUCGCCAUCAGGCCGAUGUCUGCCAUGCUUAUCAAAUCAUGAAGAGGGGUGGACUGAAAGACGAGAAUAUCAUUGUUUUCAUGUAUGAUGAUAUCGCUUACAAUGAGGAAAACCCCAGACCUGGAGUCAUCAUCAAUCACCCGCAGGGUGGGGAUGUUUAUGAGGGGGUCCCGAAGGAUUAUGUUGGUGAGGAUGUGACCGUCAACAACUUCUUCGCUGUUAUCCUUGGAAACAAGACUGCACUAACUGGAGGAAGCGGGAAGGUUGUCGACAGUGGCCCUGAUGAUCAUAUCUUCAUCUUCUAUACCGAUCACGGCGGGCCUGGUGUUUUGGGAAUGCCAACCUCUCCUAAUUUGUUUGCUGACGACUUGAAUGCUGUUCUGAAACAAAAACAUGCUUCCGGCACGUACAAAAGCAUGGUUUUCUAUCUGGAAGCUUGUGAAUCGGGGAGCAUCUUUGAAGGUCUUCUACCAGAAGAUAUAAACAUUUACGCGACCACAGCAUCGAAUGCUGAGGAAAGUAGCUGGGGAACUUACUGCCCUGGAGAGUCCCCAAGUCCUCCGCCAGAGUACUAUACCUGUCUGGGGGAUUUGUACAGUGUCUCUUGGAUGGAGGAUAGUGAUGUACACAAUCUGCGGAUCGAAACUCUGAACCAGCAGUAUCAACUAGUAAAAGCCAGGACAGCAGUUGGGAACACGUACAGCUAUGGCUCUCACGUUAUGCAGUAUGGGGAUCUUAAUCUGGACGCACAACAUGUUUUCUUGUACAUUGGUUCGAAUCCUGCUAAUGACAAUGCCACAUUUAUCGAUGAUAAUUCACUACGAUCACUCUCAAGAUCUGUUAACCAGCGAGAUUCAGAUCUAGUUUAUUUCUGGCAUAAGUUUCAAAGAUCGCCUGAAGGCUCCUCUAAGAAACGUGAUGCUCAGAAGCAAUUACUUGAAGUAAUAGCACAUAGAUCGCAUGUAGAUAACAGCAUAGCCCUCAUUGGGAACCUUCUCUUUGGUUCUGAGGAAGGCUCAAAGGUACUGAGUGCUGUUCGACCAUCCGGCCAACCCUUAGUUGAUGACUGGGCUUGCCUCAAGUCUACGGUACGGACUUUUGAAUCACACUGCGGAUCACUAUCGCAGUACGGCAUGAAACACAUGCGAUCUCUCGCAAAUAUCUGCAAUGCAGGUGUCAAGAAAGAGACCAUGGCGGAGGUUGCUGCUCAAGCUUGCACGGCAAUCCCCUCUAACCCCUGGAGUUCUCUCCACAGGGGUUUUAGUGCUUGAAACAUCAUUAAGGCGAAAAUAUGGUUAUAUUUACUAUUUCUGCGGCUUCAAUAUAUACUGAAGUUGCAUGGCGUCGCACUAUUGCAUUGUACAUAGUGUGCUUGAACUGCUUGCUAGAUCUCUAUUCUAUAAGCUGCUCGAUUGCGUAUAUUGUUGUAAAUAGGUAAUGUACGUAGUAGUAGUGUGUAAUUGUAUGUUGUCAUGAUUCAAAUGCUCGAUUCAAAUGCUCUAAUCUCACGGUGGUCGAUCGUCAUGGCAUCGUGAACUAGAGCUAAUAUCAGAGGACACUCGAUGUAAGUAAAUAGAAAGGGUAUUGUUACUUUCAUCCCUUUCUUAUGGCUAUAUAUUGUUUAUUGUCUGAAUUUGAUUGUUCUCAAUGUAUUUGAUCUCUCUAUAAUUAA